AUGUUGGGUGUGUUGGAGAAGGCUUUGGCACCAUGUAAGAAGGGUGCUAUGUUCUUGUGCAAGGGUGAGACUGAGUUGCCAAUGCCAAGGAUCGAAGUGAAGGAUGUUGGUCUGCUCUCAUACCCAGUGCCACCAGUACAGAUACAAAGUAUGAUUGAACGAGCCACUCGUGCACCUUAUGGCAAAGGAACAGAGACCAUCACAGACCUCAAUGUGAGACGUGUCUGGCAGAUACAGAACACAGACAUCAACAUCACUGGCAAGCCAUUUCAAACAUUCUUCACAAGCAUCACCAACAGCAUCAAGGAGUCGAUGGGUCUCACCAACGAUACAGUAACAGCAGAGUUGUACAAGUUGUUGGUCUAUGACAAAGGCAGCUUCUUCCUGCCACAUCGUGACUCUGAGAAGGCUGACAACAUGUUUGGAACACUCGUGUUGUCAUUGCCAUGUCCACAUCGAGGUGGUGACCUUGUUGUCAAUCAUUCAGGUCGUGAUGAAGUGGUGUCAUUGGAGAAUGACUCAAUGUCAACGAUCAAAUGGACAGCAUUCUUUGCUGACUGUCAACAUGAAGUCAAGCCAGUCACUGAAGGCAAUCGAGUGUGUCUCGUUUACAACCUGUUGAGAUCAGGUGGCACCAAAGUGGAGAUCAACGCAGCAUAUGAGCCCAUCACUAAAGCAUUCAAUCAAGUAUUUGGUAUUGGACAUGAUGAAGUCAAUGAUGAUGACACAGUGGAUGACGAGAACACGGCCACGUUGGACGAGGAUCAAAAGAGUGACGAUGAAUCAGAUGAUGAAGACAAUGACGAUGUUCAAUCAGAUGUAAAGAUUACCAAGAAAGCCAGGACAUCUCUGACAACCAACACAACAACCCAAGUUGAUGUGCAAGAAGAGGAUGAUGACAAUGACAAUGAAAACAAUGAGGAUGAAGAUGUUGAUGUUGAUAACGAUGAGGAUGAUGAUGAUGAUGAUAAUGUAUAUGAAGACAAAGACCAGGAUGACAAUGAUGAGGAAGACAUGAAUAGCAAGGGCAAUCAUAUCCCAGAGAAGUUGGUAUAUUCUCUUGAACAUGUAUACUCCAAGUCCAACUUCACGUUGGAGUCUCUCAAGGGCAGUGACGCAACAUUGGCACGAACAUUACAAGCCUUUGCCAAUGAGUCCCAUAUCAAACUGGGUCUGGCAUUCAUUCAAAUCAGGGAAGCUGGACCAUGUGAAUCACCUGGAUAUUGUAAUGAGAAACACAUAUCAUCAAGAACAUCGAUCAUACUUAAAGAUGUCAAAGAUAUGGAGACUGGCUCGAUCAUUUCAGAGGAGAUACGGCUUAGGACCAAGGAGAUCAUGCCACGUGGAUGCAUCAACAAACUCAAACCAUACUUUGAGGAGACAAGGGAGGCAACAGGAAAUGAAGGUGGAUCAUUCGAGAGACUAUACAGACAAUCAGCCAUUGUAAUAUGGAGUACUUUGUCUACGGGCAAGUUCACAAUGGUGGAAUCAGUGGAUGUUGUGUUUGAGAUAUUGGAGAAUGAGUUGACCAAACUUGGAAGCAUAGAUGCCAACCCUAAGGCAACUCAAGAGUUGUUCAUUCAAAUGAUCAGGUCACUAGAUAGUCAUCCAAAGAAACCAGACCAUAUCACCAAGAUCCUCCAACUAUUAUCAACAAUCAAGGAUGGUCAAUAUCUUCCAAAGAUAUUACAAACAUUGUUGGAAACAACUGGUGUACUUUAUUGCACUGAAAUGCAUCAGAAUGCAUUCUUGGAACUAUUCCUCAGAACACCAUCAAUGACUUACGAGUCUAUGGACGAGAUAUUGAAGACAUUCAGCAAUGCAGUCCUUGAAGGUUCAUUGUUGGGCAUGUUGGACAAGUUGUUGGAGAUGUUUGCUCCCGAGACAAGCAUUCAUCAUGAUAAGUGCACUCUGCUUCCAAAACAUCUCCAGGACAAGAUAUCAUCAUUGGCAAGCCAUCUACUCAUUCCAAAAUUCAUCCCAAUUCCAAACACAAGAUAUAAUGUCGUUCAACCAAACCAGAGUUUCAGCACAACCAUCUCAAUGGUGGAUACAAUGUCCAAACAACUCAAAGAUGGCACAGCACUUUUCUUCGUGAACGACACAUUGCUGAGCCAGAUGUACACAAACGCCUUCAAAAUUAUCAUCGACAAUAGAUCAUACUUUGACUAUUCAAUGAUACUUCCAAUGCUUCCAGUCAUUGAACAACUCAAUGUGGCCCAUCCAGAAUGGUUGGCUGACGACGAGAACAAGUAUUAUCAAUCAUACCUCAAGAAGUUGAUUGACUACAAGUUGGAAAACUCUAAUGAGACGAUUUCCAACAAUCUUUAUUCAAUCUGGAGAGCUGUGCAUGCUGAGGACUCAAUCAUCAAAGCUUUCAUCGCCAAGAUAUGUAUCAAAGUGAUCAGAAUUCGAAAGAUUCUAACCAGAUUGCUUGGACUCUUGCACAACGAGUUUGCCGACUCGCCACACUACGCCACAUUAUGGGAUCAAGUUGCCAAAAGCAUUUUGAAGCAGGCCAAGACCAAGCCAGACACAACAGACAACAAGUUCGAUAUUGCAGUCGAUUGUGAUUGUGACGAUUGUGGGGGAAUCAAGAAAUUCCUUAUAUCCAAUGAGACCAAGCUGAACCUGUACGUGUCCAAGUGGGAUUGUAGUCUUGACCAUGUUAUUGAGAUGACUGAAGACCUCCCACUUGAAAGAAAGGCAACGAGAUAUCCAUACUGCUCACUAGAGUUGACCAAAACAGAGGAAGGUAAACAAGAGUUAUUGGAUAUGUACAAUCAAGCUGUCAACAUAUGUCAUAGUCUGGUCAAGAUACCUCCUUCAAACAUAUCCAACUUGGACAAUGCUGGUGACCUUGACGCAAUGAAUGCCAUAGUCAACUCGACUCCUGCACCACAAGUCUAUCCACACGACAUGCCACCCAAGACUCCACCAAUGGUUUUAGAUGAGCCAAUGGAAGACGAUGAUAAUGAUGAUGAUCAAGAACCAUAA